UCAACAGUGGACUUAUAAAUAUGUAUAUAAACAGUUUGUAGUGGUAGUCUGUUUAGAUAAAGACUGAUUUCCAUACGUACUUAACAAAAAGUACCUAACGUUCUGUGAUAAAAACAAUUUGGUGUUUAGAACCAAGUGUUGUGCUGUGCUUUUCUAUAGUUUCUACUCAAAAUGGCACCACCUCUAAACUUUGACUGGCCCCAAGAACAGGAUGAGAUUUCACCUCAAACUAUAGUCACUACACUGAAAAACAUAAUUUCUACUAUGAACUAUCAAACAAACAUUGACACUGAUGAAACAACACCAACUAUGAGAGUCACGGACAGUCAACAGCAAACAGAUGUGGGCAAUACUGCAUCGACUAUUUUCUCUACACUCAAAGACCAAAUUGCGGAACAAGGAACUGAAGCUGUAAACCAAAACAUUCUGACACACCAAAAGAUUAUGACAACUUUAGCAAACAAUAUAACUAAGUCAGUGGAUAGUAUAAAAGGUACCGUUAAGAAUAUUGUUACUACAGUAUCCAACAGUAUGGAAUCCAGUACAAUAGCCACAACAACUGAAAACAGAUUAAUUUUGACAGAUAGUUCUAGUACAAACAGCACUGGAGUUUUAUCAGGUAAUAAUAGUACGGCCCUUUUUGAAACUACAAAUGGUAAUAACACCUUUACAGAAAUAAGUAGCACUGUGGCUACUGCUUUCGAAAAUGCUACAAGUCAAGUAAGCAUAGACACAGGCACUGUAACAAGUACCAUUGCCAACACUACUGAAAGUGCAAUCACCAGCACAGUAUUUGAAAAUGUUACAGCACAAGCUACUGGAGUUUCAGAAACUAUAAAAGAUAUUAUCACCAGCACUAUAGAGACAACUUCCGAUACGACUGAAAGUAUAACAGAUCUAAAUAACACUAACAGUACUCUAUUAGAAAAUACCUCAGUUCAACCAAACUUAGUUACAGAAACUAUAAAAGAUGUUAUCACUAAUACCUCAGAGAAAGUUGCAAAUGUAACAAACCACAUUGUUAAAAGUUUAGCACCAAAUAAAACCGAAUCUCCCGGAACCUACGAGCAUCUGGACCAUGACGAUGGUUCAAUAGUUAUUUAUAUUAUCAUCGGAGUUUUGUUGGCAAUUCUCAUUAUUCUUUUCAUAGGACUUUUUGUGUUCUAUAAGCGUAAGAAGAGCUUUCAAGUUUCAAAUGGAUAUUACGUAACACAAUUGAAGGAUGUCAGCAGUUCGAGUAGCAAGGCUUCUUGUAACAUAGAUGAUUCAGCAGUCAAAGGCUCUGUUAAAGGGGUUAAAACUGCUAGACUGUAAUAAUUAGUAUCAUCGAAAAAUUAUGAAACUGAGAAAUAUUCAUUUUAUGUUCAAAUUAAUACAAUUAUUGUUUAUUUUAUUCCAUUAAUAUAUUACUUUUAU